AUGCUGUCUCAAUCGCCCCGUAGCGCGGGCAUGUCUGUCUACGCCCUCAUGCAACCGCAGUCAUCCGACGAUUCGCCUGAGUUCUUCAGACAACUCAUUGAAAGGCGCUUCGAGCUUGCCCUGACCACCCUCCCAACGCGACAGGAGCACACCGACGCCGGUCUUGUCGCAGAUCUCGGUGACAUCAUUAUUCAUCUGUUGUCCAUGGUGUCGAAAAUUGCUGAUGAGAUUGUCGACGACCGUCGAAUCAAACAAAGAGCGUACGGCGCCAUGGUCGAAGAUAGGACGGCUCGAAGAUACACCCUCGCCAUGAGCUUGCAAGACGUCGACGCGUCUCAUCGAAUCUUGAAGUGGGUUCACCCGUCAGAACUCGACGGCUUCAGCCAGGCGUGGCAAAGACCACCCGUACUCCACCCUUCGGCUGGCCACGCCCGACCCGUGUCCAUGUCCGUGUCCGUCUCGGAGCACAUUCCCAGCCCCAGUUCAACCUUUUCAAGGUCCAGCGGCGGCCAGUCGGUCCAUGAUCCGUCACGGGAUCCCAGGCUCGAGGGUCACCAACCUGUACUGAUCGAGCCUGCGAGGAUCGACAAACCCUCGCCAGCGUCUGAACAAAACUACUCGCGCCCUUCAGAAAGGUCUGAGUCAGGUGCAGACAACGAUGCCCUCGCAGACCCGGACAUGGACGCCCUUCGAAAUAGAGGCAAGGGCACCUACACCUACAACACAUGGACAAGCAUAAAAAGCCAUAUAAAUAUUGGAGUUCCGCAAUCCUUUGCUCUGGCCCUAGUUAUGGCUGAAGCGCUCCAAAAUACUAUUCACGCGCAGCGCGGCGGUGAUUUCGCUGUUGGAAUACCGUUUCGUGUCAGGUUCGGGGGCAAUUUGGCUCUGCUGGCUGCGCCGUUUGAUCCCCCAGAUCCUGUGGCGCCAGACUUCCCGACCGGCAUGCCAACUGCUAGGCCUGUUGCGCUCGAGGUCUGGACCAAUCAACAUAUGGCCCUCUAUUGA